UUACAUGAUGGCGGCGUCUUCCCCUGACAGCGACCUCGGGAGCAUCGAGUGUUUCCAGAAUUACACGGCUCCGGAGGUCUUUGUGCAGGGUCUUGCAGGCCAGAUCAACCAGCAAGAUGUGGAGGCCAUCAUACGAGCCCAGAAACAGAUGCUCCAGCGCUUUGAGAAGACCAACGAGAUGCUGAGCAACUGCAACGCCCUCUCAGCCACGCGCUUUGCCCUGGCCCAAAAGGAGUUCAAGAAACACACGGCUCUCCUCGUCGACAUGAAGAAGGACCUGGACAAUAUUUUUCGUCGCAUCAGGACCAUCAAAACCAAGCUCUCCAACCAGUACCCAAGUGCCUUUAGUGCUGCCCAAGAGGCUGUUUUCAAAGAGGAAGAAGAGGAUGAGGAAGCAACGUCAGCCAGCAAGGACCAAACGUCGUCUGAUUCUGCGGAGAAUGAUGCAAAGCGCGCCUCUGUCUCGGGGGAAAGUGGGCACUCGAGCAAGUCAGAACGCGUUGAGGACAUGGAGCAGUCGAGUGACGGUAGCAGAGCGGACACUGAAAGGCGCAUGAAGAAGACGGCAAGCAGUUCCUCGGACAGCAGCAGUAGCCCAAAAUUAUCGAGCUCUUCCUCCUUCGAUAAUUAGAUGGUUAGAAUGCUUGUGUGUAUAAAUGUUUGUUAAUUACAUCUUUAAUGUUGUUUCAUCAUAUAUAUAUACAAACAUAGAUACACUUACAUACAUGAGAGAAUUUACAGAUUUUAUUCAAAUGUAUUUUGUACCUGAUUAAUAUAAUUUGAUUGCAAUAUAUAGGGCUAUCAGCAAUGACAUAUAUAAAGCUGUAUAUAUAAUAAAGAGUGUUUUCAUAUGUA